UCUAAAAUUAGCCACUUGCUUGUGUGUGGGCGAAUGCACCUGUAGUAGUGUGUCCGUAUAGGUGGUUAUACACUUGUGUGCGUUGUUUACGUGCGGCUGUGUGUGUGCACGUCAAAAUUCUCGGAAAUUGAGCGGGGUCGGGAGACCGCUCAAUACAGGUAAAAUACACGCGUAGAAUUCUACAAAAUCAGCCAGUUCAGUCCCCGGGCAGACCCGCGCCUCUCCCCGCGCGAAAUCAAUCACAACCUUUUCAGACCCUGUAAAAAUCGCAUGUAAACAUUUGCCAUGUUUAGUGGACUCAUAUAACUGCAUUUCAAGGUCGGCAGUUGUUUUUUCCUCGUGUUUACGGGAACUUCGUUCUUUGGCGUUAAUUAUUCCAUUAUGCGGUUCUAAGCAGUGAUCACAUCACCUGGUUAACUAAGAGAAACUUUCUGAGCCGCGAUGACGCUGUGGGCGCGCGCUCAGCAACUGCCGCCGGAGCCGCUGGCCAAGGUGCAAGCGAUAUACGGCACCCACUUCCCGCUGGAGGUGCGCCACUGCCUGGCGCCGUGGCUCGAGGCUAAGAUAUGGAGCGAGCCAGACCUGGCUGAGCAGAGUAUGUUCGUGGAAGAGCUAGUGCGAGAGAUACAGGUGCAAGCGGCGCAGAUGACGGCGCCGGAGCUGUUCGUGACGCGCAUGAAGCUGGCCGACGCCGCCAAGAUGCUGCAGGCCACGUACGGCCACGCCCCCCACGACCUAUUCUCGUACGUGAAGAACUGUCUGCUGACGGAGAUGGAGCUGGUGAAGACCUCCACGGACUCGCUGUACGGGGGCCCCGCCGAGAGGAAGUACGGGGAGCUCCUCCACGGCCUGCAAGAAGUGCGCCAACGCGUUGCGCUCGCGCACCAGGACAUCAACACUCUGCAGACCAGCAUGGAGACGUUCUCGCUGCAGUACCACGAGUGCAACAAGCAGAAGAGUCACCUCAACUUCUUGCCGACGGCCGGUCGACCGAUCAACAGUGACUAUAGAGAGAUAGAGGCGUGCCUUCGCUUGCAAGUCGACCAGAUGGAGAUCAAGCUGAAUGAGACCGUGAUCCAGUUCCAUCGAAACACCCUUAUUGUGGUGGACAAUUUAAAGAAGAACAUCGAGAUGUUGAGGGACCUGCAGAGUGAGGUGCUCGACACUGAGCUCAUUAGAUGGAAACGCGAGCAGCAGCUGCACGGAAACGGCAUCCAGAUGCGCACCAACCUGGACACCAUCCAGGAGCUGUGCGAGGCGCUGGCGGAGCUGAUCUGGAACACCAGGCAGCAGGUUAUUAAGGUGAACCAGUACAACAGCCACAGCCCGCUGGAGCUGCGCCAGCAGCACUACGUCGAGAUACUCAAGGAGAUGACUAACCAGAUAACGGGUCUGCUGUCGACACUGGUGACAUCUACGUUCGUCAUCGAAAAACAACCGCCGCAAGUUAUGAAGACCAACACAAGGUUCACGGCCACAGUUCGUCUGCUGGUCGGAGGCCAGUUGAAUGUGCACAUGACUCCCCCACGAGUCACUGUGACAAUAAUAGCGGAACCCCACGCCCAGCAGCUCCUGAAGGCCGUCCCCGACGGGCAGGUGAAGCCCCCCGAGUGCGGCGAGAUCCUCAACAACCAGGGCACCAUGGAGUUCAACACCUCCAACAAGCAGCUGGCCGUCAGCUUCCGAAACAUGCAGCUGCGCAAGAUCAAGCGCGCCGAGAAGAAGGGCACAGAGAGCGUGAUGGACGAGAAGCUGACGCUGUUCUUCCACUCCAAGUUCAAGGUCGGAGGCGGGGAGCUCGACUUUCAGGUGUGGACGCUAUCCCUCCCCGUGGUGGUGAUAGUGCACGGCAACCAGGAGCCGCACGGCUGGGCCACCGUCACGUGGGACAACGCCUUCAGCCAGCUGGAGCGCCUGCCCUUCGCAGUACCUGAUAAGGUGACGUGGGGCCAGCUGUCCGAGACGCUGUACUACAAGUUCAAGUCGCAGACGAACGGGGGCGAGUUGUCGCAGGACAACCUGAGGUUCUUGGCUGAGAAGAUAUUUAGGUGCAACCUGCCCCUAAGCACGGCGGAGCUAAACGCCAUGACAGUGUCCUGGACACAGUUCUGCAAAGAUGCCCUGCCGGAGAGAAGCUUCACCUUCUGGGAGUGGUUCUACAUGGUGGUCAAGGUCACCAGGGAUUAUUUGAAGGAGCUUUGGCGCGAGGGCCUAAUCAUGGGCUUCAUACAGAAGAAGCAGGCUGAAGACAUGCUGUCCAAGUGCCAGAGCGGCACGUUUCUGCUCCGGUUCUCUGACUCCGAGCUGGGAGGGAUCACUAUUGCGUGGAUUGCUGAAAACGAAGUGUACAGUCUCCAACCGUUCACCUCCCGCGACCUCACACUCCGCUCUCUAGCGGACCGCGUGUUGGACCUGCCGCAACUCCAGUAUCUCUACCCUAAUAGCCACAAGAACGACAAGUUUGCGAGCUUCUACACUAAGCAGGAGAAGAAGCCCCAAUCCAACGGCUACGUGGAAGCGGUCUUGGUCACCAAACUGCCCGACCAGUUCAACAGCCAGACCUCGCCCGACUCGCAUCGCAACACGCCCUCCGUGCAGAGCAGCUACGUCAGCAACCACGACACUCUGAUGGACGAGACAUUCUUCGAGCACCUCCGGGCACUGAACCCGGAGCAGUUUGACGAGCUGGACUUCUACGGCACUAACAGCAUGGAGGGGUAAUCAAAAUAUACGCAUAUUAUGGGAAACACCAUUAUUUUUAUUAUUAUUAUGUGAAUUAAUGUAAGUAUAAAUGUCUUCUUUUCAAUUUGACAAAUUCUAUUCUGUACCUAGAAGUUUUUUUUAUGAAUUUUGUAACUGUGCCAUACAUAUUUCUUUCUUCAUAAAAACAUAUUAUAUUUUUUGUUAUAUAAAUAAUAAUCGAAGAAAUAUAUAAAAUAUACAUUUUGCUUUCUAUUGAUGUUCGUAUGGAUUCAUUACAGUUUUUUUUGCACAAUUAUUGUAUAUUUUAAAGAUUGAAUUUGUUUUUUAUGGGGAAAAUCAUAGCAGUUUCUCUGUCGUAUUUAUGAUAGUAUGGUGCCAUUUAUUCGUGAAUAUUUAAACGCAUUAAAUUUAAAAGCUAUGACAUUAUGACAUGAUGUAUUUUCUAAAAUCAUGUUUUUAUUUGUGGCGACCAAAAAUAUGCUUUUCACAGAAUUAACUAAAUAUAAUAGUGUUAUGUGCAUUUAAAAUUUAAUAUUAUUAGGACUAUGACAUUUAAAGAGUUAUUGUGAAUGAAAACACAAGAAAAAUACAUUUAUAUUCAAAUAAACAACUUUGAUAUACAAAUGUAUUUUGUGUCAAUAUAUUACUGUAUAUGUAAUGUGUUGUAAAAUACAGGGUGUUUAAAUAAAAUGGGUCUGUACUUAUGUAUUUUGAAAAAAUCGAUCAUGUGGUUGAAUUUCCCAGGAGCAUCGCUACCAUAACACCCUGUAUACAAUAUUUAGUACGGAUGUGUUCGGAAAAGGGUGGCUUUAUGAAAUGUAUUAAAAUUUAAAUCAUAGUUAUAUUUACAUCGUCGUUUUAGGAUCAAAAAUGCGUAUAAGUAUAAAAUUAUUUUAGAAAACUAGGCUUCUAUUUAUCUACUCUUCGGAAAGAUAGCGAUAAAAAUGUUUUUCACUGUCGAAAAUAUAUUUAGCUUUUUUUUGCUACUUACUGAAUAUUUAGCUGCCUUAUUGACAGAAUGAAAUAUCUUAAUUUGAUAAAAGGUUGCGUAUAGAAACCAGAAUUCACUAUGCUAAAACAAAUGACAGAAGAUGAUUGUAAGCAUGAUAUAUACCUAGAUACUGCAUUUUAAACGAACAACCUUGAAUGCCAAUUUCCCCAUAGUCGGUUAGAGCAUAACCAGGUAUUAUAGUGGUUGACUUUUGACACAUCUGUCAAGAACUUUAUAUGGAGAUGACAUAAAUUUAUGAACCAAUCCUUGGUCGAUUAGAUAACCGACUAUGGAGAAAUUGGGGAUAAACCAUGUUUAUAGAAUUUGACAUGGUAUUUGACAGAUACGUAAGGUAUUUGAAGAAAUCUUGUUUUUCGUGUCUACUUAAUAAAACCGAUAGCUUCCAAA